GAGUCAAACAGACCUUUGAGGAUGACAAGAAUUGAAAGGCUUGAACAGUCAGCAUUCAAAAUGAUGAUUUAAGUUACAUUAAAAUAAAUAAGAUGAUCCUUUCUACCUACCAUACCAUCCAGUCAGUGUUUUGCUGUUGCUGUUCUGUUCAGAAACGUGCAGUGACAACUCAAGUGAGUUUAGAUGAUAAUGCUGAUCUCAUGGAUGGUUAUGCUUUGAAUGACCGCCAGGCAUCAUAUCCUUCAAAUAUUUACCGAGUGAACAGGUCAGUGGGGGUCCCAUCAAGAAGGAAACCUCCACCACCACCUCAGAGUGACGAUGAGGAGGGUGGGGAGGUCAGGGUGAUAGCGCUGUAUGAUUUCUGGGCCCGGGAACCUACUGACCUGAGUGUCAAGAGAUAUGAAGAAUAUGUUAUUCUCCAGAAACGUGACCCUCACUGGUGGAAAGCACGGGACAAACAUGGAAAUGAAGGAUUAAUUCCAAGCAACUAUGUGACUGAGAAGAAAUCUAAUAAUAUAGAGGCAUUUGAGUGGUAUUGUAAAAAUAUAACACGGACCAAAGCAGAACAGCUUCUUCGGCAAGAGGCUAAAGAAGGGGCUUUUAUUGUCAGAGACUCCAGCCAGCAAGGAAUUUACACAGUGUCUGUUUAUACCAAAGCUGGAGGUGAUCAAGAUGGAUCUGUCAGACACUACCACAUAAAACAGACGCAGACAUCAAAGAGACAGUACUACGUGGCAGAAAAACACCUAUUUGAUACCAUCCCUGAACUCAUCGAGUAUCAUGAGCACAAUGCAGCAGGCCUUGUCACAAGAUUUCGCUAUCCUGUUGGGCUAAUGGGAAGAUGCAUUCCUGCAACAGCUGGCUUCAGCUAUGAAAAAUGGGAGAUCAACACAUCUGAGUUGACUUUCAUGAAAGAGCUGGGCAGCGGACAGUUUGGGGUGGUGCGUCUAGGAAAAUGGAAAGCGACGCGUAAAGUAGCAAUCAAAACCAUUUCCGAAGGUUCAAUGUCAGAAGAGGAUUUUAUCGAGGAAGCUAAGGUCAUGAUGAGAUUAUCUCAUACUAAUUUAGUUCAACUUUAUGGAGUUUGCACACAAAAACAGCCAAUCUGUAUAGUUACUGAGUUCAUGGAAAAUGGAUGUCUGCUCAAUUAUCUGAGACAGAGGCAAGGCCGACUUCACAAAGAAGCCUUACUGGGUAUUUGUGAGGAUGUAUGCGAAGGGAUGGAGUACCUUGAGAGGAACCAUUUCAUUCAUCGGGAUUUGGCUGCAAGAAACUGCUUAGUGGGUGACAAGAAUGUUGUGAAAGUAUCUGAUUUUGGAAUGGCAAGAUAUGUCCUUGAUGAUGAAUACACCAGCUCAACAGGUUCCAAGUUUCCAGUCAAAUGGUCACCCCCUGAGGUCUUCCACUUUUCUAAAUUCAGCAGCAAAUCAGAUGUCUGGUCAUUUGGUGUUUUGAUGUGGGAAGUUUUUACUGAGGGUAGAAUGCCCUUUGAGAACAAAUCAAAUGCUGAGGUUGUCGAUGAGAUAUCUCGAGGAGAACGGCUCUACCGACCGUCACUUGCUUCACCCACGGUGUAUCAAAUCAUGUACAGCUGCUGGCAUGAGAAACCAGAUGGGCGCCCUAGUUUUCGUGAGUUGUUGCACUUAAUCAAUGAGGUCACAGUGAAUGGAUAUAAGUGAGCGACUUUUCCAUGUUCAAAAUCCUGGAUGUGGAGUGAUAGUGUGUUGAGGACAAUUAGAAAACAUUCUGUGCAGGUGUUUUGUCUAUUCAUGUUUACCAGGCAACAGAAUCCAACAAAAAAGGAUGUGCACCAAAUGUCCGGAAUGAUGUCCCUUUCUUCACUGCAUCAGAUUGCUCAGUAUUUAAGUGCAAUAUUAGACAAAGUUUCAAGAAAGGAUGUAGGGCAACAAUAUGACAAAAUGUAUGAGUUUUGUUCAUAAUACUGUAAAAAGUGUAGUGAAGGUUUGUGGCAAUCGUGGUUCAGGGAAUAUCUGUAAAUAAUAUUAAUAUUGGCAUUCUUAUUGUCACAUUUCUUUGUGCUGAUAUCAUGCAUUACAAUUAUUUAAAUAUAUGUUGCUGUGGUUAUGAAGGUGAUUAUUUAAAGUUAUCACAGCAACUAAACUUUAGUUUUAUUAAGGGUCAAAAUCUGUCACAUAUUCAAUAGAGGGUAUGCAGGUAAAGUUAAACUUUAUGAAGUUUAUUAAGUUUAACAAAAUUACCGUUAACUAUUUUAACUAUAAAAUCAUAAAUAAAAGAAGCAACGGAAAGCAUAGCAUUAAAAGUAAUACUGCAAAAUAUAUCAUUUGGUAAUGUAGGGUCAUUAGCUGUUCAGCCUUGCACUGUUCUGGGCAACAUAGAGGAAAGUAACGCAAUUAUAAGUAGUUAGCAGAAUCAACAGCAAUAAACUUUGUGCAGUGGGUCAUAGAGGAGCUUUCAAACAUUCAUUAUUUGAAAGGGAAUCUUUUAGACAAGGCAAUAAGUUGAACUGGGGUUAAUGCAUAAUAAUAUUAGUUUUUUUCUGUUCAAUGAUCUGUGAACAUUUUGGGGUUGAGGUGAACUUGUUCUACAUUUAUAGUCACAGGUAAUAAUCCAUCUUAACAGCUUCCCCACCUUUAUUAUGACAUAGUCUGUGAGCUUACACUGCUUUUUUAACCUCUGUAUCCAUUCUAGAACAAACCUUUGUAUUAUAAAUUUUUUGUACUUCUGUAUAUAAUUUACUUUGUCUGAGGUAUGUCUUCAGUGUGAUAUUUACAAUUUUGAAAGUUUAGAAAAACUGUAAGAAAUUCUAAAAAGAUUUUUAUUCUGUUAAAAAAAGUGUAGGUAAUGAAGGCUGGUCCUAAAUUAAUUUGUUCAAAUAAAUUUUGACAAUG